CGUAUUUAUCUCAUGGCAGCAUUUAUUUUCUCAGUAAAACAGAAUGCAUACAAUGCAAGAACAAAUGUGGGUGAAAUCAGCUCAUCCGUCUACUGACAGUUUGAAGAUUCAUCAUUUAAAAUGGUCCGCAUAUGGUAAAUUGCGCACUAAAGGGAAAAUGGCGGUAUUAUGCCCCCCAAAAAAAGAAAGAAAGGAAGAAGGAAAAGUGGCUUUGAGUGACUCUGAAAUUCAUUUGUUUACGUCGCCUUGGGAAACUGCCGGACAGGUAGAACCAGUGACGCGGUGUCAGGUUACAAGGUGACUACCUGGUGGCUUCUGACAGUUGGAGUCGUUCCGGAAAGACUCUAAACUCACGAUUUCCAUCAUAUACACGCUUGACUCCCGGAUCUUAGAUUUCACAACAAGGGGUGCAGCCAUGGCACCCAAGUAUGACGGCUUGUCCCACUGUAAGCUGGUCCUAGUGUUUGCUGUGUUGAUGGACCUGCUGGGCGUGACCUUCCUGCUGCUGGGUGUCUUCGCUCAACUAGAGAUCCAAGGUCAAGACUUUGGGGACCUGCUGGUGUACUCAGGAGCCCUGCUGGUGCUGUUUUCCCUGGGAGGCUGGGUCCUGUGGUACAGCGGCAACAUCGAGGGUCUGACCUCCAAAAAAGAGCUCGGAGGGGCUAUGGGUGGAGCUGUGGACAGACUUGCCCGCUCACUGAGCCGCAAGAUACGGAUGCCCAGGACUCACAGCAGCCCAACGUAGGAAGUGGAGCCCCGUGAUACUAAAGAAUAACUGACUGACUUAGAUUGCUGUUUCGUGAAAGACUGUUCGUAACACACAUCAGGCCAAACUGCCAAAAGGAGUGUCUUUACCGGUUGUCACCCUCUUCAUUUAUUAUUGUUUCAUACUUCAUGUUUUUAUAAGGGAUCAUUUAUAUGCAACUUACGUGCAAGUUACUGUAAUGAGGACUAAAAUGAAAGACGCAAUAUGCAAGAAUUAAAAUAUUAACAUGCCGCAA